GCUCACCAAGGACGCAUGAUGACAGACAAAUCAACGCAUUCUCUUUUCACUUGUGCAUUAUCUGAUGAAUAACUCGACGAUUCAUUAUAACGGCUGCAUAACUCACAUCUGAGACCACAUGUGUUACAUCUGAGUCGGUGUCUUUCUUAUGCAUUGCGGUUGUUACUUGUACUACCAGGCCUUUAUAAGCGACACGGUCUCAAAUGGCCGAAAACCUCAAGCCAUGACCACCUCUUCCACAUUCGACUGGAAUCCCGCGACCCUUUUUCUAGAUGGAAGUUUCCUCUCACAGUUCGCCCUCGUCAUCUUGAAUCAACCUCUGAGAAACGGCGAAACCUUGGACACACUGUGGGACAAUGGUAGCCUUGAUACGGGUGGCCGCAGACGGCGGGGCGAAUCGCCUUUUCGAUCUCGCUGCCAAGACCAGAAAUACCGGAGGUCGCACUCGGAUGACCUAGACGCCAUCGUCGGCGACCUGGACUCCCUCCUCCCCUCCGUGCGCGCGCACUACGCCUCCCUCGCGGACCCAACCCACGUCAUCCACGACGCCGACCAGGAGUCCACCGACUUUGGAAAGGCCGUCUCCUGGAUCCGCGCGCGACACCCGCGCUGCACGGACAUCGUGGCCCUGGGGGGCCUCGGGGGCCGCGUCGACCAGGGAUUGAGCCAGCUGCAUCAUCUGUACCUGUUCCAGCCUGGCCCCGGUUAUGAGCUGGGGCGGGUGUUCCUCCUGUCGGGCCAGAGCUUGACGUUCCUCCUUAAGCCGGGGACGCAUCGCAUCCGGGUGAGGGACGGUGGGGUCGGUUUCUUCGGCAAGCAUGUGGGCAUCGUCCCGAUUGGGGAGCCGAGCGUCAUCACCACCAAGGGGCUGGAGUGGGAUGUCGAGAACUGGGAGACGCAGUUUGGUGGGAGGAUGAGCACCAGUAACCAUAUCUUGCCGGACACCCAGGUCGUCGAGGUUGAGACUACGAGGGGCGUGCUGUUCACGGUCGCGCUGCGGGAGGCGGAGUGAGGGACUGUGUCGUCAAAGCCACCAUUAGAGUCAUAUACGCUUUGGGCAGCUACAAUCAGUCCGAAAGGCCCGAGUGUUCUACGCGAUGCGAUGAUGUAAAGUGCUUCGGUUUUCGUCAGGCCACUGUAGCUAUGCCUUUGCUCAACCCAGAAAGGUACGUAGUGACAGAGGCCCGGGUGAUAUUUGUAGCGAUAACUCGUUUCAGGAGGGAAGUGGUGACAUUAUAUCAAAUGUCACGUGACAGUACCGGAUCAUAAGUUUACCUUACACCGCAAG